AUGGCAGAUUCAGCCUCGAACCAGGCUGGUGUCACGGCCGAAGACCGCGCUGCGAAACAGAGACUUGCUGAAGCUCAGAAGGCUUACGGCCGUGGCAAAGCAAACUCGACCAAAAAUAUCCGCGACAAGAAGAUCCGCGGGACCCUCAAGGCGCAGGAAGCUAAGCACAAAGAAGCGAUCUUGCAGGCCAAGGAUGCAGAGAUCUUGCUUGAGCACGGAGCCGGUUUUAUUGAGCCCGAAGGUGAGCUUGAAAGGACAUACAAGGUCCGACAGGAUGAGAUCAAGGACAGCGUUGGAUUGGAGACAGCGAAGAAAGGCUUUGAGCUACGGCUGACCGACGCUGGACCCUACCGCGCCGAUUAUACGCGGAAUGGACGCAAUCUUCUGCUAGCGGGCCGAAAGGGACAUCUUGCGACGAUGGACUGGCGCGAUGGCAAGCUGGGCUGCGAGCUUCAGCUGGGCGAGACAAUCCGAGAUGCGCGCUGGUUGCAUAAUAGCCAGUUUUUUGCGGUUGCGCAGAAGAAAUAUGUCUACAUCUACGAUCACAAUGGAGUUGAGCUUCACUGCCUGAAGAAGCAUCUGGAGCCUCUCUUCCUUGAAUUCCUGCCCUACCAUUUCCUGCUAACCAGCGCUACCAUGGCCGGCUUCAUCAAAUACACCGAUACCUCGACUGGUCAGCUGGUGACCGAGUUGCCGACCAAGCUCGGACGCCCAACCGCUCUUGCACAAAACCCCCACAACGCCAUCCUCCACUGCGGACACCAGAAUGGAGCUGUUACAUUAUGGUCGCCCAAUUCACAAACCUCGCUCGUGAAGGCGCUUGUGCACCGUGGACCCGUGCGGUCUAUGGCCAUUGACCGCCUGGGCCGCUACAUGGUAUCGACAGGCCAGGAUCAGAGGAUGAACAUCUGGGAUAUCCGCAUGUUCCGAGAAGUGCACUCAUACUCGUGCUUUCAGCCCGGCGCCUCCGUAUCGAUCAGUGACCGCAACCUCACUGCCGUCGGCUGGGGCACGCAAGUCAGCGUGUGGCGGGGUCUGUUCGAUGCCGCCCAGGCAGACCAAGGCAAAGUUCAGAGCCCGUACAUGGCCUGGGGUGGUGACGGCCAGCGCAUCGAAAACCUCCGGUGGUGCCCGUACGAAGAUGUGCUGGGUGUGGGCCACGACCAAGGCUUUGCCAGCCUGCUCGUCCCCGGCGCUGGUGAGCCUAACUUCGAUUCCCUGGAAGCCAACCCGUACGAGAACGUCCGGCAGCGCCAGGAGGCCGAGGUGCACGCCCUGCUCCACAAGCUGAAGCCGGAUAUGAUCUCGCUGGACCCCAAUGUGAUCGGUAAGCUGGACACAAUCAACAACCAGAAGGUCCAGGAGUCUCGCGAUCUGGACAAGAAGCCCGAAGACCCGAUCGAGAAGCUCAAGAACCGCGGGCGUGGCCGCAACAGUGCUCUGCGCAACUAUAUCCGCAAGAAGGGCCGCACCAAUGUCAUCGACGAGAAGAGACUCAAGGCCGAGGCGUUGCACAAGGAACGCAUGGCGCGCAACAAGGACAAGCUUCGGCAGGAGCGGCAGGAUCUGGGACCUGCGCUGGCUCGGUUCGCAAAGAAGGAUUCUUGA